UCACCAGAUGCACGAGGAAACUAGACCACCAUUGUCACGUCCUGUGGGGUGUGCCGCAGAGAGAGAGAGGCAACAGCUGCGGCCAGGGAAGGAGAAAGCUGGAUCUUAAUUUGGCAUCUCUCUCCUCCAUCUAUCUGCGCACCCACCCAGACAUUACCUCCCUCCCAUCCCCUCUCUCACUCUCUCGUUCCACCACCAAGACUAGGCGGACUGACCGCCCACUGUAAACAGUUGACUAGCGUCGCAACUAAGCGAUGCACCUACAAAACCAGAGCGCAAGCUAUUUCGUUUUUAGCGAAUUUGACGGAUGUCAUUCUUGACAUAUUUUUGUUUCUUUAUGUUUUAAAACGUGACUCUGAAUGUUUUUUUGUUUAGGUAAUGACAAUGUUGGACUGGGUUUUAAUUGCGUAAAGGGAUAUAACCGUUAAAAACGGACGUACUCGCAACAGGCACAUUCUUUGAAGAAAAAACGGACGAAUUCCUUUUUGGGGUGGAUUUUUUGGUGCUUAUUAUUUUCCGCACUGUUUGUUUUAGCUUGAUAGUUUAUCUCAAAAUCGACGAUGGUUCGGAAUAUGGUUGCUAAACUUGCCACCUGAAGAGCCAAAUCUGUGUUUGCAGUCUAGGAAACCGGUGUUGUACGCUUGAGACGAUUGACUUGUCACACAUCACAGAAGACGCGAGGAUCCAGUCACGUCUCUCGGUGACAAGCUUUUUCUAAAGCUUUUAUAAGGAACCAGUAGGCCGUCAUUUUCCAGAACCGAGGUGGGAAAAAAAAUCCAGUCGAGAAAGUGUGGUGUUGUUGUAGACAAGAUAAUCAACAUCCGGCGCGCUGUCAAGAGCGCGCAUAUUCAGGUGGGCAGAGCUAACCCAGCAUCCAUGCUGUCAUUGGACGAGCCACUGGACCUGAAGCUUCGGGGGCGGGUUCGGCUGGGGAAGAGGGGGUGCUCCGCCCCCAUCUGCGCCCCACUCAGCGCCUCACGCCCCCGUUUACUCCGCACACUUUACCCCUCGCCCCCUGCCUCCCCAGGUGGCCCCCCCCGCCCCCAGGACAGCGAAGGCUCCUGCACUCCCCCUGCCAUGGACCUCAGCCUGUCGCCCUGCUCCCGCCAUGCCCCCUCCCCCUCCUGCUCCUCCCCCUCCUUCUCCUCCCCCUCCUCCCCCCCAGAGCCCUCCUCCCCGCAUGGAAGCAGCCCCAUUCCCCACCUCUUCUCCAGGGAAGUUCUUCACUCUCGAUACCUGGAGGGUGGAGCUUCUCCUCAGGGCUUCCAGUUUUUCCUGCCUAUCGGAAACACCGGGGGCGGGUUCAACCUGCCAUCCUCCAUGUUCAUUGGUCAGGCGGGAGAGAAGAGGGCGUCGCCGGAGCCCUCAUCGGAUGAGCAGCUGGCCUGUCGUUGGAUGAGGUGCCACCUGCUGUUCGACUCCCUGCAGGACCUCGUGGAACACAUUAACGACUACCACGUCAAGCCUGAAAAGGAUUCUGGGUACUGUUGCCAAUGGGAUGGCUGUGCUCGUAAUGGGCGGGGCUUUAACGCCAGGUACAAGAUGCUAAUCCACAUCCGCACACACACCAAUGAGAAGCCGCAUCACUGCCCUACCUGUAACAAAAGCUUCUCUCGUCUGGAAAACCUGAAGAUCCAUACCCGCUCACACACAGGGGAAAAGCCCUACGUCUGUCCGUACGAGGGCUGCAGCAAGCGCUACUCCAACUCCAGCGACCGCUUCAAGCACACGCGCACGCACUACGUGGACAAGCCCUACUACUGCAAGAUGUCUGGCUGCCUGAAGCGCUACACGGACCCCAGCUCCCUCCGCAAGCACAUCAAGGCCCACGGACACUUCGUAGCCCAGGACCAGGGCUCCGCGGGCAGGCUGGGGGACCUACUCAAGACCGGGGUCGGCCCGGGCUUCCGUAGGCCUCACGGGGCUCCGGAGCUGCCCUACGUCGGGGGGGCUCAUGUCAUCAUCCCCGGGGGGGGCGCAGCCCUGCUGGGGGGACACGUCCUGUCAGGGCUGGGGGGGGGCUCGCUGCCCCUCUCCGCCCUCUGUCACCUCCCCCAGAGCCUGGACAUGAGCUCACUGGGGCCCCCCGGGUUCUCUCUCCUCUCCCUGAUCGGAGGCGGGGGCCACCUGGGUCUCAGGGGGGACUCUCCCCUGCUGCACUACGGCCUGGGGGCCUCGUCGGUGCUGGGGGCCGUGGGGCUGGGGAGGCUACGCAGGGCGGAGAGCAGGGGGGAGGUGGACGGGGAGGAUGGGGAGGAUGAGGACGGGGGGAGGGGGGAGGCGGCGUUGAACCUGUCCGCGGGGGGCGUGGUGGCAGGUCGGGACCCACUGACCUGGGUGGUGGUGUCUCCAGGGGUGUUGGCCCUGAAACCUGCCGUCGUCAGCUAGGACACACACUCUUCCUCCGGUCGCGCUGUUCCAGCAGUAGACAUUUGUUUUUGUGUGUGCGAGUAUUAUGUGUGGGUGUGUCAACAAAAAAUAUACGACCGACAUUGAGUGUAUCCAAUGCCAAGAUUGGUAGGUGUGUUUGGAUGCGUUUGAAAAGGAUAUGACCUUGUCCAGGCAUGAGCACUGAGGAAGGUUUGAGUCCUGUUUAGCUUUGGGUCACUAAGGACAGUCCUCACAUUUUGUGAAGAGUAUGUAAAACAUUACUGAGGGAAUGACUGCCAGGACUCACUGCUUUUAGGAGAGGGGCCACACUAGCGAUUGGACCACCAUAAUAGCACUUUCAUUGAGAUGUAUACAGUAGUAGUAAAAGUGGAAGAUAGGUCUUCACUCACUCAAACGCACACAUGUGCACAUCCACACGUACAAAACAGGCUUAUCUAGCGUUAUCCAUUCUCAUGAUCUGAUUUUGAAUCAGGUUUGAGAUCAGUCUAAAAGAGAAAAGAAUAUAUCCUGCGUGAUGAUCAAAAAAAUAAAAUAAAAAGAAGACAACUUUGCAAGUCGCCAGGCAUCCCUGUUCUUCCGUGUCCUCCGAGCUCUGUCCUCAACUGAAAAUGGAUCAAAAUGUAAUUAAUGGGUAAACAGAUACAUUUACUGUGGUGUCUAAUCAGUUAAUAUUUAACUUAAUAGAUGCCUUCCUUGUUCCAUUUACUUUACAACUCCCCUCUAAAGUUACAUCUCUGGUUUAAGGUUUAGUCUCUCGUUCUUUUUUUAUCUUUCUCUGUUUCUCUAUCUGUUUGAUGGGAGUUUCCCCAUCUGCUUUCUUGACGAGACAUUUUGUAAUGUUGACUUGUUUCCCCACAGAGGUGGUGGUUUAAUCAGUGACAAGGAUCUUAACCGGACCCGCAUCCCUGUGAUGUGUCAACCCUUUGGGCACCAGGAUCUUGAUACCAAUGCUCGACAUUUGAGGAAAUAACUUAAUUAAAGCAUAACCGGUCAUCAUUUAGAUAAAAAUGAUGACCUGAAUGAAUACUUAAUUUAAAUUAACGACCACAAAGAAAGACAAAAUCUACUUACAUUUUGGAACUGAAAUAAUGUUUAACACCCCUAACUAGAGGCAACUAUAAGAUGAUUGACUUGGGGUGGAUGAAGAUAGAAAAAGCAAAAGAUUCAUGGGGGUCUUGAAGCCCAAAGGGUUAAUAUAAGACAAUGGCCUACCAGGGCCUGUAUCAAAGUUGAAAUUAUAUACAGUAUAGCCUUUUUGCACAUUGAGAUCAUCGUUAUAAGUAUUUCAAAUGUAUGUUUAAGUGCCUUGUAUCACGAACAUGAACGUGACAUGUUAAAUAAAUACACACACAAGUACACAGAAAUAUAAUGUAUGAAUAUAUAUGUAGAUAUUCCUACGAUUGGUGAAACGUUUUUUUUGUUUUGUUUUUACGACGGAGGAUGUGUUAAGAGCAUCCGUUCCAAAGAUAAGUAAUGAUGAGCAAUGGUAGACAUUGUCAUUAAACAAAUUCAUAAACCUCA